CUACAAAUAGCAAUCUACAGUUCCCGUCACUUCAAGAAAUUGUAGAAGAACACAAACAAAGUUUAUAUCAAAAUUAAAUCUCUUGAAAAUGGAAGAUCAAAGAGUAAGCGCUAAUAUGAAGAGAAUUCUUCUUGUGAUAAAUUGUUUAAUACUCUCAGUUGGUGUGUGUGGUGGUCCUUUAAUGAUGCGUUUAUAUUUUGUCGAAGGAGGUUCAAGAAUUUGGCUUAGUAGUUGGUUACAAACCGGUGGAUGGCCACUCACCCUCAUACCUCUUGUCAUCCUAUACUUCUAUCGUCGAAAAAUCGAGGGUUCUGAUACCAAGUUUUAUUUCAUAACGCCUCGAGUCUUCGUUGCAGCAUUCGUCAUUGGCAUUGCCCUUGGACUUGACGAUUUUUGCUAUUCAUGGGGCGGGUCAAAACUCCCCGUGUCAACUUCUUCGCUUCUUAUCUCUGCUCAACUUGCCUUCACGGCAAUAGGUGCUUUCUUCAUAGUGAAGCUGAAAUUCACAUCGUAUUCUAUUAAUGCGGUGGUUGUGUUGACAGUUGGAGCGGUUUUAUUGGGUAUUCGUGCGAACGGUGAUCGUCCGGAGGGUGUGACAAGUGGAGAGUAUAUUGUUGGUUUUGUUAUGACACUUUUGGCUGCAGCUUUGUAUGGACUCAUUUUGCCUUGUAUUGAGUUGACUUACAUGAAGGCAAAACAAGCCCUUACUGCUACAUUGGUGUUGGAGAUUCAGUUAGUCAUGUGUUUUGCUGCUACUGCUUUUUGCACCAUUGGAAUGAUUGCCAAUAAGGAUUUUCAGGCAAUAUCAAGGGAGGCAAAACAAUAUAACUUGGGAGAAGCUAGAUAUUAUACGGUGCUAAUAUGGACUGCCAUUAUUUGGCAAUGCUUUUACGUGGGUGCUAUUGGAGUUAUUUACUGUUCUUCUUCUUUGAUGUCUGGGGUUUUGCUUGCAGUUUUACUCCCAGUUACUGAAGUAUUAGCCGUAAUUUUCUUUAAUGAGAAAUUUUCAGGUGAAAAAGGACUUUCUCUUUUUCUUUCUCUUUGGGGUUUUGUCUCAUACGUUUAUGGAGAGUACAAACAAGCAAAGAAGCAGAAGAAUAAAAGUCAAGAAACUGAGAUUAUCACAACAACACAUACUGAGUCUGUUUGAUUUAUUUAUUACAUUCAUGGUUAUAGGGAUAUAAAGGGGAUUUUUGGUGUAUUUUGUACAAAAUAAUGUUGUUUUUCAUUUCAUUUCUACUUAGAAAUUUCUGAUGUUUCUCUAAAUUCUGUAAUACAUUACUAUUUGGAAGUUAUCGACUUUCAUUUGGGAGUUGUGAAUCGUGAAAAUAGUCACUUGUGAUCUCUCUGUUUAGUUUUAUUUGAAGUUGUUACUGUUUGGGAAGUUUUUUUUUUUUUUACUUUAAUUUCUCAAUAUGUUUUUUCAAAUAUGUUGAAUCAUUAGC